CUUGGUUGAAAUACACAGCAGUUAGGGGGGAACUGGACGGCUAGUGGUUCUCUUGUGUCUGGGGAGGAAGUGAGACAAUGUUACCUUUAAAAUAUCUUUGGAAUCUCUGACGUCCAUAUGGCUAUGUAUGAUGAAGAUCUCUUGAAAAAUCCUUUUUAUUUGGCUAUUCAGAAACGUCGUCCUGACCUUUGCAGGAAAGUUGCAGAAUUCCAUGGUAUUAUAUUAGUACCGUGCAAAGGGAGCCUUUCAAGCAGCAGUCUCUCUACCUGCCAAUUUGAUUCCUAUGUUUUAAAACCAGUGGAAGAAAAAUUUCAGACCUUAAAUGGAAAGGAGAUCUUUAUUCAAGGAAACUUGAUUAUUUUAGGAACUGGUUUUAAUCAUCAUCUCUCAGUACCUGUUCUCUUUGAGGAAACAUUCUACAAUGAAAAAGAAGAAAGUUUUAGCUUAUUGUGUAUAGCUCAUCCCCUGGAAGAAUCUGAAAUCUUAGAAGAAUUUAAAACCCCAUCAAAUUCUUAUUCCCUGAAAAACAUUGAGGAUGUGAGAGAAUUUUUGGGAAGACAUUCUGAAAGAUUUGACAAACACGUUGCAUCUUUCCAUAGGACUUUUAAAGAACAUGAAAGAAAAAGUCUACGACAUUACAUAGAUUCUGUUAAUGCACUUUACACCAAAUGCCUCCAGCAUUUAUUGAGGGAUUCUCACUUGAGGAUGCUUGCAAAGCAGGAACCUCAGAUGAAUCUGAUGAAACAAGCAGUUGAAAUGUAUGUACAUCAUGAUAUUUAUGAUCUGAUCUUUAAAUAUGUGGGAACUAUUGAGGCAAGUGAGGAUGCAGCCUUUAACAAAAUUACAAGAAGCCUCCAAGAUCUCCAGCAAAAAGAUAUUGGAGUUAAGCCUGAAUUCAGCUUUAAUAUUCCACGUGCGAAGCGAGAAUUGGGUCAGCUGAAUAAAUGCACCUCCCCACAACAGAAGCUGAUCUGUCUUCGAAAAGUGGUGCAAAUUAUUAUGCAGUCUCCUAGCCAAAGAGUUAACAUGGAGACCAUGUGUGCAGAUGACCUUCUCUCUGUGUUACUGUAUCUGCUUGUAAAAACAGAGAUUCCUAACUGGAUGGCAAAUUUGAGUUACAUCAAAAACUUCAGGUUUUGCAGUUCAGCAAAGGAUGAACUGGGAUACUGCCUGACCUCUGUUGAGGCUGCUAUAGAAUAUAUCCGACAAGGAAACCUCUCCGACAGACCAACAGAAUCUGAGAGGUUUAGUGACAAGUUCUUGAGGCAAAGAAUGAACUUGCUAUCCCAGAUGUCCACGACCCCAAUAGAUUGCUUGUUCAAGUAUAUUGCUUCAGGUAACCAGGAGGAAGUGGAACGAUUACUAAGUCAAGGUGACAGUGAUAAAGACACUGUACAGAAAAUGUGCCACCCACUCUGUUUCUGUGACAAUUGUGAGAAACUGGUUUCUGGGAAGAUGAAUGAUCCUUCCAUUGUCACUCCGUUUUCCAGAGAUGACAGGGGAUACACACCACUUCAUAUAGCUGCUAUUUGUGGGCAAGCAUCAUUAAUUGACCUGUUAGUUUCCAAAGGAGCUGUAGUCAAUGCUACAGAUUACCACGGUUCAACACCUCUUCACCUUGCCUGUCAGAAAGGAUAUCAGAACGUUACACUUCUCUUGUUGCACUAUAAGGCAAGUACAGAUGUUCAAGACAAUAAUGGCAAUACUCCACUUCAUUUAGCCUGCACUUAUGGUCAUGAGGAUUGUGUCAAAGCUUUAGUCUAUUAUGAUGUACACUCUUGUAGACUAGAUACUGGUAACGAAAAAGGAGAUACUCCCCUCCAUAUAGCUGCUCGUUGGGGCUAUCAAGGAAUAAUAGAAGUGCUGCUGCAGAAUGGAGCCAACCCAGAUAUUCAAAACCGGAUGAAAGAGACUUCCUUGCAGUGUGCAUUGAAUUCCAAGAUUUUAUCAUUGAUGGAAUUAAACUACCUAACAUUUGAAAGGGGACAGAGUGCUUCUGAGUCUCCAGUUAGGUCUCCUCAGCAUUCAGCAGACACCUUCAGCAGAGGGUCAUCUGUCUCCAGCUUGUCAUCAGCGUCAGCAGAUACCAGACAAGAAGAAAUUAAAAAUAAUUACAAAGAGAUAGAAAAACUCUUACGAGCAGUUGCUGAUGGAGAUUUGGAAAUGGUUCGCUAUCUUUUGGAAUGGAUGGAGGAAGACGUAGAAGACAUAGAAGAAGCAGACGAAGCUGACGAUACAGUGAAGCCAGAGCUCUGUCACCCAUUAUGCCAGUGCUCAAAAUGUGAGCCAAUACAAAAGAAGCUUGCAAGAAUCCCUGCUAAUGGACUUGGAGUAAAUGUUACAAACCAGGAUGGCUUUACGCCACUACAUGUGGCUGCACUGCAUGGGCACCCUGAGUUAGUCUACCUUUUGUUGAAACACGGUGCCAAUAUCAGUGCAAAGAAUAUUAACCAUGCCGUACCUCUUCACCUGGCUUGUCAGAAAGGUCACUUUCAGGUAGUAAAGUGUCUAGUGGAUUGCAAUGCUAAACAAAAUAAAAAGGAUGUACAUGGAAAUACUCCCUUAAUUUAUGCUUGCUUGAAUGGCCAACAUGAGGUUGCUGCCUUGUUGUUAGAGCAUGGGGCCUCUGUUAACCUUUCUAACAGCAAGGGAAAUACAGCACUGCAUGAGGCUGUGAUAGGAAAACAUGAAGUCUUGGUAGAGCUGUUACUUCAGAAUGGUGCUUCGAACCACAUUAGGAACAAAAGGCAGUGUACACCUCUUGACUGUGCUGAGCUGAAUUCAAAUAUCAUGAAGUUGCUACAAACAGCACCAAGCUAUGCACCAACAUCAGCGGAGGGAGGAGAAACAGACUAUGAGCAGCAUGUUACUAUCAAGAUCAGGAAAAAAGUAAAUGUUAAGUUACCUGAGACAGCAGAUGAUCCCAUCAGCAGACGACUUCAACUGGUCCAAUCAAUCAACAGAUUUAACAAAUCAAAAUAUUUACGGAGAACAAUAACAAGAGAUAAAAGUGUCCCUAAUUUUGAUGACGAAUUAUUGCAUCAGUUAGCUAUUAAGAGCUUUGAUAAGACCAAGUUAAAACCUAUUGACCAGAUGUUGGACCAGAGCAAAGUUAAGAUUAUUGACGCAGAAAGCAAUGGUGAACCUGCGAAACAGGAUGAUGUGAUAGAUGCUCCUCUUAGAAGUAAACUAAUGCACCGAAGACACACAGUUAGUGUGGCACUUUCAGCAGAGAAUGUCAGUGACGACAGCGAUUUAUCCAACAAAAGAGAUCCAAGUAUUUCACUGUCAAAAGACUGUUCUGGUGACUUGCUAUCAGAACACUAACAAGGAAGUGUGAAUUUGCUGCCAAAAACUAAAGAACCAGGUGGUGCCAGUUUCAAGAUCCUCAUGCUGGGCAUUAAAGAAUUAAAUGAUGCUUAGAAACUGCUUUCAAAAAUGGAUCAUAAAGAUGAAUCUUUAGCAGAGGCAGAAUGUUCCCAUAUGGCUUGCACUUUUGAAGACUGAAUCCUCUGUUUAUCGUGGAAACCCCUCCCCAGCCAAUUUGUGACUGAUUUCAGGAAACUGAGACAUAUUGAAAUGUCAAAGUAUUUAGACAGAAAGAAGUGAUUGUUUCCCAUUCCACUUUCAAAGCACUUAUUAAGAAAUUACUUAUAACAGUAGAGGAGAAAGGCUAUAUAAUACUUUCUAGCUACCCACUCCUGUUUUUUAAAAGGCAUUGAAUUAUUUUUUUCUUUUCAGUUUUUGUCACUAAAUUGGUUAUAUUAUAUUUAUUGCCAGAAGGAAUUCAAAAGUCUCUAUUUUUAUUAUAAUGCUAUGAACCACUAUAUUUAUUUAAUAGCAUUUUAGAAAUUAAUGUAAUUUCUGUAUAUUGCAACUGGCUGCACAAACAGUCCAUAAAAAUCUACAGCAUGACGUAAACACCUUUAAAUGAGAUGAACGGUAGUAUCCUGCAGUCCCUAUAUAGACAAAGCGCCCCCUGAUUUCAGUGGAACAUUUACCUGCAUAGGGUCUGUAGGAUCAUGUACUACUGGGGAUGGAAUAAAAUAAAAUGCUCUCGCCGCAGAACAGCUUUGGACUGAAGAAUGUUCAGAUCCAAAUUAAAAUAUUAAUUUCUGUGCAGAAACAAGCAUGCUUAACACACACAUUUGGCUUUUCCCCCUGAACAAAUCAAACAAAGCCACACACAUUCACACCUCUGCACGAAGCCUACAGCUACUAGGUAAGUUAUCUGGCAGGAAAAGUAAGAGUUUGCAGAAACUGGCUGCAUGUUAUCCUAUUUUAAAAGGUGAUAUUUUAAAGGAUGCUCAUAGAUAAUUAGAUGGAAGCUUAGAUGUGGAACUUGUUUCUUAAAAAAAGUUUUUUAAACUGAAAACAUGUUAAGUGUGAAUUAAAAAGAAAAAGACUUCAAUAGCACAAUUCAGGUUCUUAAUGAUAGUUUUGGUUUACAGGUGGUCACAUCCAAUUAACAUUUUGUUUCUUUUAUAAAAUAGUAAUAUAGACCAUUUUGAUUUUUUAUGGUGGUAUUGAUACCAUGCUUAGGGCACUGUGAAAUUGGAGGACUUCCCAUGUGAUUGUUUUCAAAUAAUUUUUUAUGAGAGAAGUAAAAGGUGCAGCCUGUGCACACCAAUGAAAAAACUGUAAGAUGAAGGUUGCAUGUAUAUUUUUCUAAAUAAUUUGGGUUCAUUUAAUUUUCUAACUUGCCUUGGAUUUGUGCCAAAUGUUGGAAAAGAAAAAUAGUAAAAGUAAUGAUUCUUGAAAAUGUUCUUAACUUUGACUACUUAUUUAAAAACCAACUCCCUUUAGCACGGUCUUCUCACUGUUAUUGUAACUUAAUGUUUGAUUAUUUUACUUUAAGCCUAAGGAUGGUUUAGGAAUAGUUACAUUAAGUUUGGAUGGCUUCCCCUUCCCCACACCUUCAUAUUACCAC